AUGACAAAAGAACUCCCUUCCCUACACAAGACAAAUACUUGGGAGUUAGUAAUUCUUCCUUCUAGAAAACAUGUUUUUAGAUCUCGUUGGAAACUUGUUCCAUUAGCCAAGAUAAUUACUAUUCACACUCUUAUUGCAGUUUCAUCGGUUUUCCAGUGGCACAUUUCUCAAAUGGAUGUUGAAUGUGCUUUUCUAAAUGGUGAUCUUCACAAGAAAGUCUAUAUGGUACCCUCUCCAGGUGUUUCUCAUUAUUACAAGGAAGUUGAUUACGAUUUAGCUUUAUUUGCUACAACCAUCUUUCAUAGUCUUAUUUUAAUUUCAUUAUAUAUUGAUGAUAUUAUAACUACAAGUGAUGAUGUUAAUGGGAUUAACGAUUUGAAAUUACAAUUAUCCAAAAAGUUUGAGAUGAAAGAUUUAGGUAUUCUUUGCUACUUCUUAGGGAUUAAAGUUGCCUACUCUCCUAAAGGAUACCUUCUUUCUCAAUCUAAGUAUAUUUCUAACAUCCUUGAACAAGCUCGAAUUUCUGAUACUAGAGAAGCAAAUAGUCCUCUUCAAUUGAAUGUGAAAUAUGCUCCAUCUAAUGGUGUUACUCUACCAAAUCCCACUUUGUAUCGCACUUUGGUUGGAAGCCUGAUGUACCUUACGAUUACCAUACCUGGAACCCAGUUUCAGAGCCUUUUAUUUCCCUCAUUGGAGUUACGUGCUUAUUCUGACGCUGAUUGGACUGGUGACUUCGUAGAUCAUAACUCUACUACAUGUUUUUGUAUAUUUCUUAGAGACUCUGUUAUUCCUUGCAAAAGUAAGAAACAUGAUAUUGUAUCCCGAUCUUCUACAAAAGUUGAGUAUCAUGCUAUAACUUCCACCACCACUGAAAUGGUUUGGCUGCGUUGGUUAGUUUUGGAUAUGGGUGUCACUCUUUAUGAACCAACUCUCAUAUAUUGUGAUAACAAAAGUGCCAUUCAAAUUGCUCACAACUAA